UAAGUGCAAUUCUUAAGUUUUGGUGGAAUUUAAGUUAAUAAUUUUAAAGAUUUAUUUAUUUUUUUCUUAAAAAAUGACUUCCAUUCAUUUCGUAGUUCACCCUUUACCGGGAAGUGAAGAUCAGUUGAAUGAAAGGCUGAAGGAAGUGGCAGAGAGAACAAAUCGAUGUGGUUACAGUGUUCCAUCUGUUCUUGCACAGUUGAAGAAUGCAUCUGUUCGACAAUGUGUUGUUGGACCCAUGCAUGUUGCAUUUCUUCUUGAAGAUGGACGUAUCUGUCGCCUUGCAUUCUCAGUUGUUUCUGAUCGUCUUGACUUAAGCAAAAAUGAGGCAUCCAAGGCCAUUCUUUACAGCUUAAACCUAAAGGGAUCUAGCAAUUCCAGUUCAACUACAAGAACAACAGCUCCCCGGAAUAGAGGACGCAUCAUGCGCACAACUAAUAGCCGAGGUCGUGGUGCUGGAGUAAUAAUGGGUUCAUCUAGGCCUGUAGUUCCAGCUCCAUAUGUCCCAGAAGAACUAAUUUCUCAAGCACAGGUUGUACUUCAAGGAAAGUCUCGUAAUCUGAUCUUAAGAGAAUUACAGAGAACAAAUUUAGAUGUUAAUUUAGCUGUGAAUAAUUUAUUAAGUAGAGAUGAUGAAGAAGGAGAAGAUGUUGAUGAUAGUCAAGAUUCUUAUAUGCCUGGAGAUGAUUUGAUCUCUUUGCUUGAUGCCAAUAUCCAUGGAGAUCAUCCUAGUGUAAUUAUUGAUGCAGAUGCCAUGUUUUCUGAAGAUAUGUUUGGUUACUCUACUCUUAGAAACAGAUCUGGAAGUCGGGGCCGUUCUGGUGAUAGAGAAAGAGAUAGUGAUCGUGAACGGGAUCGAGAUACGAUGUUUAGAUUGCGGGAGAGGCAAUAUUCUGGUUCAAGAAGAUGGUUAGAGACAGCCCUAAGGGAUAGCGGUGCAAAUGAAAAGCCCGGAGAAAAUGUUGGGACUGGUGAAAAUAAAAAACGAGACAUUGGAGAAUCAAAUCCAUUGUGGCUGUCAGAUGAACUGGAAUUCUGGCCUGAUAAGCCUUGUCAAAGUACACGAUUUGUUCAAAUGGGAGCUCUUUAUUCAGAACUUGUUGCUGUAAAUGCUGCUGGACAGCUAUACCAGUGGAAGUGGACAGAUUCUGAACCUUAUAGAUGCUCAGAGAUUCCUGGAAUUUUUCAUCCAAAAACAAAUAUUCUUGGAUUAAAUGGUGAGAAAAUAGUUCUUCUCUCGGCAUGUUCUGUGAGGGCAACUGUUGUAACUGAGAGUGGAAAAUGUGCCACAUGGUUAGAUGAAACUUUGUCAGCUGUAUCUUCUAAAUUAGAGCAUGCUGCUCAGGUGUUUUCUGAAUUUCAAAUGGAAAAAAUAACAUCUCUUCAUGUCUGUUCUUUGUAUUCAUGUGUCCGUUUGGAAUCUGGUGCAAUAUAUUGGUGGGGUGUAGCUCCAUUCUAUCAACGCAAGAAGUUAUGGGAGAAAGCUAGAGCGAAAUCAAAAAAACAAUCAAAUUCAUAUUCUUCUGAAAUAGUCACUGGUGCUAUGGUUUGCAUGAGAAAUAGUCCAAUGUAUCAUUCUGGAGCUCUUGCUUUUACUAAUUCUGGAAAUGUGCCAAGAGUAGGACAGUUAAUGUCUGCUGCAUGGAAUCUUACUGACACCUGCCAUUUUAAAAUUUUACCACCUGGAUCUAGUGAAAAGAGAAGUGAAAGAGAAAGUAAAGAUGUUGUAAAAAUUGAAAAUAAAGCUGACAGACAAGAAAUGCCCCCUCCUCCUUCUCCUGCUUCAUCAACAUGCAGUGAAUCUGCUUCUAGUCCUCUACCUUCCAAGCGCAAGCAUCGUUCAAGUGUACAAGCAAAGGAUGAUGGAGAUAAAAAGGAGGAAGAAGCCUGGGCUCUAAAAGAUGUUAUUUUUGUCGAAGAUGUAAAAAAUGCUCCAGUGGGAAAAGUUGUGAAGGUUGAUGGUGUGUAUGCUGCAGUUCGCUUUGCAUCUAGUAGUAAUCGAGAUUAUUCAACCAACAAUGGCAACUCAUCUCAAACGCAGCUUGGUUCUGGAACUGAUGACUUGAGUGCAUUUCUUCAAGAAUGUCGUCUUCUGCGUAAAGAUGAACUUUUAGUCAUUAAGAGUGGUAGCACACCAAGAGUUCCUGAUUGCUUUCAACGGUCACCCAGAAAAGUGAACAUAAUAGAUACUAGCUCAAUAUUGACUAUGGCUGUUGAUGCACAAGGUAUUCAUGCUGUUGUAAAAAACAAUGACCGUCUCAGCUAUGUUUUAUACAAUAUAUCGUCUGGAAAAGCAACGCAAGAUAGCCCUUUUCCAACGGAUACUCAGUCAUUUCUUGGUCAAGAUACAAGAUUGAUUUCACUGGGUAUAAGUGGAGAAAACGAAACAGUAGCUGUACUUCGUGACGGUAAUAGUGCAAUUUAUCCACUAUCAAAAGAUUGUACAGAUAGCAUCCGAGAUCCUGUGUGGUUGGAUCUUCCGCCUGCUAGAGCCAUUGGACUCGGUGUUCAUUCAUUGAAAGAUGUUGCUGCAAGUCAAAAAAAUCAAGUUGCAGUUGUUGUUUUAGCCCUUGAGCACCAAACUUUAUUGCCUCCAAUUUUGAAGUGUGAGCAAGAAACCGUGCGGCAAACUCUUUCUUCUCUGGAAAGAGAUUCUGGAACUCCUCUUGGGCAGAAUACGUUACAGUGUGUUUUAAAUGAACGUUGUGAUGGGAACAGGAAUAUCUUUCAUGCUGCUGUCACAACUUGCUUUCCAUCGUCAAAUAAAGAAAAUGAUUUUGGAGAUCUAGUAACAGGAGAAACAAGUGGCAGUGCCAGCUUAGAAUCUUUAGAUUUGUUGAGUGGAGGAGUAGCAUCAAAUGGAAGUGGCCUUCCUUCUCGCAGUGUAACAAUUCGUGAAAUUAUGCGGCGUGCUACAAAUGCAGCCCGCAAUCUUAGUGGACUCGAAAGUAGAGAUCAAGAUGUAGGUAUUCCUACACUUGCUUGGCCUCCAGAGCCUUCAGAUGCAACUACUGGAUCUAUGUCCCCUCUAGGCAGCUUAGCUACUCCCCCUGAAUCAACUGAACGAAAAAGUGCAGCCUUAAGCAUAUUAUGGAACUUGUGUGAAUCACCUGUGCUGAAACCUUUUUUAAAGGAUUUGUUGACCGCAAGGGAUGCUCAAGGUUGUACUCCAUUCAUGUCAGCUGUAUCAGGAAGAGCUUAUCCAGCUGCUUUGAUUUUGAUAGAUACGUUCUUGCGUUUGGCCCAAGAAACUAUUCGUGAUACUGAGUCCAGACAAAAGUAUAUACAACCAAUGAUUUACCCACGAGGAGCUUUACCUGAUGACUCACCAUUGCAUGUGUUGUGCUACAAUGACACCUGUAGCUUUACUUGGACAGGAGCAGAACAUAUUAAUCAGGAUAUCUUUGAAUGUCGCACCUGUGGUUUAACUGGUUCAUUGUGCUGCUGUACUGAAUGUGCUCGUGUAUGUCAUAAAGGUCAUGAUUGUAAAUUAAAGAAAACAUCACCUACUGCAUAUUGUGAUUGCUGGGAAAAAUGUAAGUGUAAAGCACUUGUAUCAGGUCAUCAAAGUUCCCGUUACCAGCUGUUGAACAAGUUAAUUCAAGAUACAGAUCUUGUAACUUUCCCCAAUAGCAGAGGGGAAAGUAUAUUACUGUUCCUUGUUCAAACUGUUGGACGUCAAUCUGUUGAGCAUAAGCAGUACAGACCAUCCAGACCGAGAUCUUCAGCUCCUCGAAAGACUCCUGCAUCAACAUCUGAAAUAGCUGAAUCGGAUAUGCCGGAGCAUGAUUUAGAGCCACCAAGAUUUUCUCGUCGAGCUCUCGAAAGACUGUUAAAUGACUGGAAUGCUGUUAAAUCCACUAUACUAACUGGCUGGAAAGGUGAAGGUGCAUCAUCUUUGAAAUCAACCUUUGGAUUUAUGUAUGAUGAACAGGCAUACUUGGGAAUGCAGAAUGGGACAGCUCUGUUAGACAAAUUUACUCACUGUUUGUUAACUAAAUGUAGUCCAGAAAUGCUGGAUACAUUAUUAACCACUCUAAUCAGAGAAAUUCAAAAUGACACGAAAGAAGGUCGUAGCGCUGAAGCCAUUCUUGUAGCAAGACGCUUUGUCCGAUCAGUUGCUCGAAUUUUUGUUGUUUUAAAUGUUGAAAUGGCACCUAAUACAUCAAAGAAAAAGAAUUUAAGUGCCAUAACCCAACCAUUAGCUAAGUGCAGAAGAGUCUUCCAAGCCCUAAUUACAUUAGCUGUUGAAGAGUUAUGUGAAACAGCGGAUGCUCUAAUUGCACCUGUUAGGUACGGUGUUGCUCGACCCACAGCUUCAUUUUCUUUAGUGUCAUCUAGCAAUGAUGCUGUACAUGGAAGUGAAGAGUUGUUUGCUGUUGAUCCAUUAAUGGCAAGAAAUCUUAGUGAUCUUCCAGUGCGAACUACAAGUGGCCUUGUUGUAGAAAGCUCCCAAUCAUCUCUAGGUGCUGAUGGUUCUUCUCGUGAAAGAGAGGAUGAGGAUCCUGAGGUUGAUGUAAUGGAACGAGAAAUAAGUGAAGAUCAAGAUCCUGAGGAGAGUGAAAGAGAUGAUCGUACAGAACAAUCUGAACAUGAUAAUGUUCCACCAGAACAAAAUGAUGAAGAAAGCGAAAGUGACAGUGAUAGUAACCCUGAUAGUGCAUCAUAUCAAAGUAAUCAAGACAAUGCUAGUGCUCAAAGAAGUGCUACAACUGGUGGAGCAACUGCUGGUUCUGACACUGGUGUUGCCAGUUUACCUUAUUUCUCUGAAGAUGACUCUGCUGAAUCAUCAAAUGCUGAAGACGAAGAAGAAAGUGAAGCUGGUGAAACUGAACCUGAUACUGAAGAAGCAUUUUUAGAUGAACAAUUAGAGCGUCGCAGCAAUGGAGGUUCCUCCGGUCCUAGACCAAACUUAGCUCCUCAGCAUAUGCAAUGGGCACUUAGGCAGAGAGAACCUGGUCGAGGGCCUCUUACAACUUCUGGCAGAUUAGGAUCAAGUGGGCUGAUCUAUAUUGAUCCUUCAUCACUUAGAAGAGCAACUGGAACUAAUGCCUCGGUAUCAGCAACUGUCACACAAGAAUGUACCGCAACUUCAGUUACAACUUCAGUAUCACUUGCUAGAGCUUUUGCAAUUGUGAUGCGUCAGAUUGCAGAUUUGCUAACAAUGCUGCAAGAUUAUCAUGCCCUGAUGCCUAGUUUAGCUAGAGUACUAGAUGUUACAUAUCAAGAUACAGUAAAUCUGCAAAUGUACCUUGAAAGUCAUCUAAGACCAACUUGGGAUUGGUUAAUUACUGUAAUGGAUUCUACAGAAGCUCAGUUACGUUUUGGAUGUGCCUUAACUUCUGGGUCCAAUCCUUCUCAUCCAUCUCAUCCAAUGCAUUCUUCUCAGCAUGCGAGAUCUGUUAGAACAAGAGGUGAAACAGAAGGACGCACAAGUAGCACAGUAGAUGGCCGACGAAGAGGAUCAGAUGGAGUUUCUGCCAGGCGAGACUUUUUGUCUUAUGCUUUAUCCUUAAUGAGAGCUCAUAAUAAUGAACAUUUUGAUUCAGUCCCAAGUCUUGAUGUUAAUGCAUUGAAGCAUAUAGCGUACGUAUUUGAUGGAUUGGUUUAUUAUAUUCGCUCAGGAAUGGAUGGUGCAGAUUCAGACACACUGAGAGAAGGCUUAACUCUUGAUCCUUGGAAUGACCAGGAUGAAAAUGAGAAUGAAGAACCAGAAGAAGAUAACAGUUCUCAAAUUGCUAUGGAAGUUGAUGGUGUUGAUGAUGAAACAUCAAUUUCUGCUAAAGGACGGAAGCAUAUAUUUUUUCAGCGAUCAGACUCCACUCUAUUUUUGGGCUGCCCUCCACCUGAUCCUUUUAACACUCCCUUGGCUGAGUCUUUACUACUUGCAGACCAACCGCAUCUUCUCCAACCAUCUUCUAAGAAAGAGGAUCUCUUUGGCAUACCAAGGUCAUGUGCAGUACCAAAUGAUUCAGUACCUCCUACAAUAGAAUAUACUAACUGUACUGAUUUUGAUAAUGUUCCUACAAAGUUGGGAUUGUCCAUUCGCACUGCAGAAGCCAGGAAGCAAACUACUCCUUCCAAUGUGCCUCUUGUUAAAUUGCAACUAUCAGCUCCUCAACCACCCAGACCACGCCCGCCUCUUCCUCCUGAAUAUGAUGAUCGGGAAAAUUCCUCCGGUGGUAUCAGCGAAUCACGGAGAUCUCAUUCGGACGAUACAGAUCUUCGAAAUGAUUUAUUUACAAACUGUGUGCCAAUGAGACCUUUUGAACAAGAAUUUGCAAUAGCCAUGACUGCCAGUAGUAGGGUACCUUCUGAAUCGAUGGACUAUGAUCCAGAAAAUUUUGUAAAUAGAUCUCUGUCUGAAACUUCUCGUGCUCCAAUCAUUGUUGCUGCUCCUUGUAAAAAAAUUGAAAGUGUGAGUCCUGUGAAAUCAAGUGUUAUUGUUCAUGCCGGUUCAUGCAGACAGUCAGCAUCUGCUAGUCCAGAAUUACCUACUACUUCUUCUAAUUAUAUUGCCGCUCCAAGUCCUGCUCAAGAAAUAACUGUAACUUCAAGCUGUACAACACCUACCGCCACUUCGACAGCUGGUUUAACUUUCUCUCGUGAUGCAAACACAUCACUUGGACAAGAAUCUGCUUCAGGUUUUAACUGUAAUCCAUUCAGGUCUGGAAGCUCAAUGGGACAAAUGUUAUCUCAUGAUAUGUUACUGGGACGCUGGCGAUUAGCUCUUGAAUUGUUUAGCCGUAUCUUUGUUGAUGACGUGGGAGCUGAACCUGGAUCAGUUAUUAGUGACUUAGGUGGCUUUCCUGUUAAAGAAAUGAGGUUUCGGAGAGAAAUGGAGAAACUGAGAAGCUCACAGCAACGAGAUUUGACACUUACAAAGGUUGAACGUGACCGGACAUCGCUUCUUCAACAGACAUUCAAAGAAUUGAACACUCAGUAUAAUAAUUAUAGUCGACGUAGUGGUGGUGGGACGCCACCACUAACAGUUUCACGUGUGAAAGUUACAUUUAAAGAUGAACCUGGAGAAGGAAGUGGUGUUGCUAGAAGCUUUUAUACUGCAGUUGCUGAGGCUGUUUUAUCAUCUGAGCGGUUGCCAAAUUUGGACAGCUGUCAAGUAGGAAAUAGAUCUCUGCAAUAUAAUCUUAUUCAAAGAUUACGAUCUAGAGAAAGAGAAAGGGAGCAGAAGAAAGCCAACCAAAAUUCUCAAAGACUUCGUGAAACCAAAGAACGUGAUCCUGUACUGGCUUUGAGGUUUGAUGCGCCUCCUUUUUCUGUUCCUGGAGAACCAGGCAGCAGCGGUCAAGGUGGAAAUGAACAUCUAAGCCCACAUCGUCAACAACUUGGGCAACGUCUUUAUCCAAGAGUUAGGGCUUUAACACCUUCUCUAGCUAGCAAAGUGACUGGAAUGCUUUUGGAAUUAUCUGCUGCACAGUUGUUAAUGUUGCUUGCAUCUGAUGAUUCUCUUCGGCAAAAGGUUGAUGAAGCUACAGAUAUUAUUUUGUCUCACAGUCGAGAUUCGUCUACAUCAGAUGGAUUACUGGAUUUAGACGUUUUUAACUUGGGAGAGCGCUCUCGCAGGAGCAGCAGUGCAAGGCGUAGUGAUGGAGAAGAAGAUGAUGAUAUGGAUGACAACCACCCCCUCUUCUAUCAACCUGGCAAACGAGGCUUCUAUUCCCCAAGGCAAGGAAAGUGCACGCCCGAAAGACUGAACGCAUUUCGAAAUGUUGGACGAGUACUAGGAUUAUGUAUGUUACAAAAUGAACUCUGCCCGAUCUAUCUCAAUCGUCAUGUCAUUAAAUAUAUAUUAGGAAAACGCAUCAGAUGGCACGAUCUAGCAUUCUUUGAUCCAGUCCUGUAUGAGUCCUUAAGACAAGUUGUUGUUGAUGCAGAAGGAAAAGAAAGCAAUGCAGUGUUUUCAGCCCUAGAUCUUACAUUCUGUAUUGAUCUCUGCAUUGAAGAAGGUGGUGGAAAUGUUGAAUUAGUGCCUGGUGGUCGAGAUAUUGAUGUUACUGCUCAGAAUGUCUAUGAUUACAUUCGAAGAUAUGCAGAAUAUCGUAUGCUACGUUCUCAAGAGAAAGCUCUUGAA